AUGACAACGGCCGGCGAAUCUUCCGAGAAAAGAAGGAGAAAGGUGGGACUUUUAUACGACGAGAGGAUGUGCAAACACGACACACCUGACGGUGAAGACCAUCCCGAGUGUCCUGAUCGCAUCAAAUAUAUCUGGGAGGUGCUUCACCUCUCUGGUCUCGCUCAAAGAUGUGUGGUUCUUAGUGGUAGCAAAGCGGAAGAUAAGCAACUUCAACUGGUUCACACAAAGAAACAUGUUAAUUUAGUUAAGAGUUUAAGCACAAAGAAGAAAGAUUCAAAAAGAAACAAGAUUGCUUCAGAGUUUGAUUCGAUUUAUCUCAAUGGAGGCUCAUCUGAAGCUGCAUAUCUUGCAGCUGGUUCUGUUGUAGAGGUGGCAGAGAAAGUAGCAGAAGGAGAGUUAGAUAGUGGCUUUGCUAUUGUAAGGCCACCAGGGCACCAUGCUGAGGAAGAUGAAGCCAUGGGGUUUUGUUUGUUCAACAAUGUCGCUGUUGCUGCCAGCUACUUACUAAACCAAAGAAAGGAUCUAGGUAUCAAGAAGAUUCUGAUUGUUGAUUGGGAUGUUCAUCAUGGAAACGGUACACAGAAGAUGUUCUGGAAAGACCCUCGUGUACUAGUUUUCUCUGUUCAUAGGCAUGAUGGUGGAAGGUUCUAUCCAACGGGAGAUGAUGGAGAUUAUGACAAGGUUGGAGAAGGAGCAGGGGAAGGUUUUAACAUAAACGUUCCAUGGGAGCAAGGAGGAUGCAGAGAUGCAGAUUAUAUUGCUGUAUGGGACCAUAUCUUGAUUCCUGUGACUAAGGAGUUUAAUCCUGAUAUCAUUUUGCUUUCAGCUGGAUUUGAUGCAGCUAUUGGUGAUCCGCUUGGGGGUUGUUCAGUUACACUAUAUGGUUAUUCAGUUAUGUUGAAAAAGCUGAUGGAGUUUGCACAAGGAAAGAUUGUAAUGGCAUUAGAGGGAGGUUACAAUCUUGAGUCUGUUGCAGAGUCUUCACUCUGGUGUGUCCAUGUUUUGCUUGAAGGCAAACUAUUUCAAUCUUCCAUUGAAGAAUACACAUUGGACUCUACACGUCGUCUAGUACAAGCGGUACGCAAGAGGCUAUGCCCAUAUUGGCCUUCACUUUCAGAUAAAUUAACGUGGAAGCCGGAAGCUCCUUUUCCUGUUAAGCACCUUUCCCGUUGCUUCUUUGACUUGUUGCUUCUACUUCUAACUUCUUUUUUCUUUCAUAUGUGGAUGAAAGGGGCUAAAACCAUAGCUUCCUCUGUCCAUAGUAUUAAGCAGCAAGUAGAGAGCUUGCUUGCUUCCUUGGAAGUGGCCUUGGAAGAAAAGGAGGCGCUACAGACCAGAGCAGUGAAUGCAGAAACGAAGGUGGCUGAACUGCAGGGGGAGGAUAAGUUGCGGCUUAAAGUCUCCCUGGACAAAUAUGCAGCGGAGGCAAAGGUGGCUGAUGAGCAUCUGGCGCAAGUUUGUAGCGAACUGAGGGAGGUCAAGAUCGACCUUGACUUUUACCGUGAGCUUUUCAAGAAGGCCAGUGAAGAGAAGAAGUUGGCGGAGGAGCAUGUCAUUAAGUUUGGAGAUGGACUGGAGAAGGAGGCUAGCGAGAAGUUGAGCCUUAAAGUCUCCCUGGACAAAUAUGCAGCGGAGGCAAAGGUGGCUGAUGAGCAUCUGGCGCAAGUUUCCAGCGAACUGAGGGAGGUCAAGAUCGACCUUGAUUUCCACCGUGAGCUUUUCAAGAAGGCCAGCGAAGAGAAGAAGUUGGUGGAGGAUCAGGUCAUUAAGUUUGGAGAUGAACUUCAGAAGGAGGCUAGCGAGAAGUUGCGCCUUCAAAUCUCACGAGACAGAUAUGCAGAAGAGGUGAAGGAGGGUGCUGAGCAUCUGGCGAAAGUUCGCAGUGAACUGAGGGAAGUCCAAAUCGAUCUGAACUUGCACAGCGAGCUUCUCAAGAAGGCCAGCGAAGUCAAGUAG